ACUUCUUCAAACUCCGAAGCCCAUUUACUGAGAUGCAUUCCAGAAAGUGCCUGACAAGAAAUGAUUUUUAUAGAGAUUCGAGUGCAUAAACUUUACUCUUCCCUCUGUUCUUCCCCAAAUCAGAAGCUCACUUCAUUCUCCUAGAGCUCCGUUCUACCAGUUAACCCACCAGAAACAUGUCAAUUGUCCCAAUCAAUGGCCAACAAGGCACGGUGAGCAAUCCUUCUUCUCUAGAUUUAUGGGAUCCAUUCAACAACUUUGAUCCUUGGAACCCUUUCACUGAUGGUUUCCCUUUCACUUUCCCUUCAUUUCUUUCUACCCCUUUCGCUGGUUUCACCAGUGAAAUUUUCCCUUCCCUUGCGACUCAAGUCAACUGGCGAGAAACCCCAAGAGCACAUGUGUUCAAAGCUUACCUUCCAGGGGUCACCAGGGAUGAAGUCAUAGUUUUCAUUGAUGAUGACAGAAUGCUCCAGAUAAGCACUGAAAAUGGUAACUUCAUGAGCAGGUUCAAGUUGCCUGAGAAUGCAAGGACUGAACAAAUUCAGGGUUUUAUGGAAAAUGGAAUGCUUAUUGUCACUAUUGGGAAAGAAGCCCAGGCUACAGAGAGGCCAAAUGUUAGGGUCGUUGAAAUCACUGAAUAAUGUUACUUUUGCAUGUUGUUUUUGUGCCUAAUUAUGCUACUAUAAAAUUUGUGCAAAUUUGUGGGCUGAUGCUCUAGUUUAAGGUCUAUGUUUUACUUUGUUGAAAUUUGAAAGGGUUUGAUGUUAAGGUACUUCUGUCUUGUCGUAAACCAGUAUUAGUAAUAAUAAAUUUGCGGUUGUGUA